AUGAACGACCCCGGCGUUGACGAGCCCAUAAGCAAUGCUGCGCAAGACCUGGAGCAAAACCCCUACAAUAGCGUGGAGAAGCAAGAGGAGCAGGAAGAGCAAGACUUUCUUGACCCAAGCCGAUGGUGGUUCGCAUCGACAGCGUGCCCGCUCCUCGCUGGUACCUUCGGCCCUCUUGCCAACGCCUUCUCUAUUUGUGCCUUGGUUGAGAAAUGGAGGGUCUAUAUCCCACCCGGCCUGGAUGAGACAGUCGGAGAGCCGGUGCAGGAUCCGUCAUGGCUGAUCGCCGUGAACGCUGUCUCGCUAGCCUGCGCACUUGUAGCCAAUUUCAGCCUUCUUCUUAACAUGGCCCGUCGUCUCAAAUUCAACAUUGCACAGCCUAUUACCAUUGGAGGAUUUGCUCUAGCGGCCAUUUUGCUCAUAGCUCUCAUCGCCGUGGCUUCCUCUUCAUACUUUCGCAUACAGCCAGCCGAAGCACAUGCCCUCUCUCAGGCCUUCUACUAUGCCAUAAUCGCUGCAUCCUUGUAUGCUAUCAUUUCGAUGCUCAUGGUGUUGACGGUCUACGGCGCAUGGAAAGGACACUACAAGACUGAGUUCCGCCUUACCAUCAGCCAGCGUACAUUGAUGCUCCAGACCAUCAGCUUCGCUGUGUACUUGUUACUGGGUGGUCUGGUAUUCAGCUACAUUGAAAACUGGAAGUUCUUGGAUGGCGUGUAUUGGGCAGACUAUACUCUGCUCACCGUGGGACUUGGCUCAGACUUCCCGCCCAAGACGCAUCUUGGCAGAUCUCUCUUAUUCCCAUUCGCUAUUGGUGGUAUCCUCAUGGUGGGUCUUGUUGUCGGCUCCAUUCGAUCUCUCGUCCUUGAAAGGGGAAAGGCCAAGCUAGAGUCACGAAUGACGGAAAUCAAACGGGAGCAAGUCUUAAGAAAAAUGGACCCAACCAAGCGCACCAUCAGAAUCGGCAUGUUUCAGAAAAUACAUUUCUCUUCCGAGGGACUUUCUGAGCUUGAAAGGCGCGAACAAGAGUUUCAUGUCAUGCGCCAUAUCCAAAAGUCUGCGGAACGGAACCGAAGGUACACAGCACUUGGACUUUCUGUUGCUGCCACGUGCGUUCUAUGGUUCGUCGGCGCCGUGGUAUUCAGGGCAUCGGAAGGAACACACCAGGGCUGGACGUAUUUCCAAGCGCUUUACUUUUCAUACACUUCACUCCUUACGAUCGGAUACGGCGACUACAUCCCCAGGAGCAAUUCCGGAAAGCCAUUCUUUGUGGUUUGGUCAAUUAUCGCUGUCCCAACCCUGACUAUCCUAAUCUCUAACAUGGGGGACACUGUGGUAAAAGGAUUCAGCGAACUGACCAUAUGGCUCGGAAGCUUGACGGUGCUGCCUCACGAGAGCGGCUUCCGAGCGACUGUGAAAUCCAAUCUAACCAGGCUACGAGAUAACCCGCUGUUCAAGAGGGACAGCAGCCUGCCUGAGUUUGGGAAACCUCCCGGGUUCCUACCUCACGACAGCAACAAACAGGCAGAAAAGGACCGGACGAACAUGCGGGAAAAGAUAGAAUCGGUAGCUUUCGAUCGGUUAAUGGAGCAUGUAGAGGAGGAAGAGCUUGCAGAAGCAGAAGAGGCGGGGGAAAGACACGACACACUUGCUCGCGACAUCCAUUUCUACCACUUCGUUCUCGCCAAGGAGUUACAGAAACUCAUGAAAGACCUCAACGCGUCGCCACCCAAGCAGUAUUCGUACCAAGAAUGGGCGUACUAUUUGAAACUUCUUGGUCAAGACGAGACGAACGCGAGCGGGCAUCGAAGGCCAUCUACAGAUCCCAAAAGGAGUAGGAACCAUGAAGCAGGUAUCGGCGCCGGUGCAGGAACAAUCAGGUUUGGUGGGGAGCAGGUGUAUGCGUGGAGCUGGCUGGGUACCCGAAGUCCGCUGAUGGGGUCCAAGUCGGAGGCGGAGUGGAUCUUAGAAAGGCUGUCGAUGGUACUCGAGCGUGAGCUGAAGAAGUUGAAGUCAUCGAACGGGAAAGAGAGGAAAGAGCCGCCGCCAAUCUCGAUGGCUGACCUGAGGAAACGCAGGUCGACAAGUAGCGCCUAG